AUGGCGAUCAAGAAAUCGAACAAGCAAACCCAAACCACGGUUUUGAAACACAUCGUGAGAAGAUGUUCGAGUUUGGGCAAGAAAAAUGGGUACGGUGAAGAUGGGCUCCCGUUAGACGUGCCAAAAGGGCAUUUUGCGGUGUAUGUGGGCCAAAAUCGAGCCCGGUACAUUGUACCCAUCUCGUUCUUGGGCCGGCCGGAAUUCCAGGGCCUUCUCAGACGGGCCGAGGAGGAAUUUGGGUUCGACCAUGACAUGGGUUUGACCAUCCCUUGUGAGGAGGUUGACUUUCUUACUCUAACUUCCAUGCUGAGGCCCUGUUUGGGUGAUUUGUGUGUUGUUGAUGCUAACCUGAGAUGUAAAGGAGGUUCCCAGUGUUUGUUUCCUCUGAGGUGUUUUGUUACACCUGUGAGAGAUUCUUAA